CCGGCCCCGCCCCCGGCGGCGCGGGUCGCAGCGGGCGGAAGCGCGCGGGGCGUCGCGGCGCGGGAUGGACCCGCCGGCCAAGGAGGGGUCGCUCCUCGUGCAGCACAGCCACAAGUUCGGCACCAAGAGGUGGAAGCGGAGCUGGUUCGUGCUGUACCCGGCCAGCCAGCACGGCGUCGCCCGCCUGGAGUUCUUCGACUGCAAGGAGCCGGCGGCACCGCCCGAGCGGCUGGGCACCAAGCGCCUGGACAAGACGGUGGUGCGGCUGGCUGACUGCAUCAGCGUGGCCCCCGUGGCCGAGAGCGGCCCCCGGGCCGGCACGUCCGUCUUCCGCCUGGAGACGAGCGACAGGAGCUACCUCUUCGCGGCCGACAAGCAGCAGAGCGAGGAGUGGGUGGCGAAGCUGUGCGAGAUCGCCUUCCCGGGAAACGGCCCCAGCGAUGCUGGUGUGGCGGCACGGCGUGGCAGAGAGGGCAGCGGGCAGGCGCCGACCCUGGAGAUGGCCGUGAACUCCAUCUACUACUCGAGAGACGAAGUGAAUGCCUUCUGGGUGACGGUGCAGCGGACUGAGGCCGCGGAGCGAUGCGAGCUGCAUGGUGCCUACGUGCUCAAGGCUGAGCGUGACAGCCUCGUCCUGAAGGACCCACGGACAAAUGAGAUCCUCUAUGUCUGGCCCUACCGGCUGCUCCGGAGAUACGGCCGGGACAAGGUGAUGUUCUCCUUUGAAGCUGGCAGGCGCUGUGACUCUGGCCCAGGGAACUUCACCUUUGAGACCAAGCAGGGCAACGAGAUUUUCCGCCUGGUGGAAGCCUCUAUCCGGGAGCAGAAAGCGCAGGUGGAGGAGAACCGGCAAAGCUGUGGCUCGCUGGAUUCGGAUAGCCCCAGCGUGGUGCUGAUCCGCCAGGCCCUGGCCGACUCCCUGACCCUGGAGCUGCCGGCAGAGGGGGAUGACACCCUGGCACCCAAAGCGGUGCUGACGCCCAGGCCCAGUGUGGCGGCAGAGGAGAGAGAUGCCACGUCUCUGCUGAAGACCCGGACUCUGCCAGAGCUCCCUGUGCCACAGGCCAAGCCCGUGGUCCCAAGCACACCCCCGCUGCCGAAGGUGCCCUGCGCCGUGCUGCCGGCUGAGGACCCGUCCAGCGUGUACUCGGAGCCCCUGGACUCGGUGAAGGGCUUCCGGCCCUGGCUGGACCCUCUGUACUCGGACCCCAUAGACAGCAAGCCCGUGAGCGGGGCCAAGGCGCCCAGCGGUGCCUCGGAUGAGACGAAGCCCCGGCUGCCUGCGCCGCUGUACUUGUGCACGUACGAACAGGUCCGGGCUGACGGACGCAGCCAGGCCCCCGCGGUGCCUGGGCGGAGGGAGCACAUCUAUGAUGAGCCCGAGGGUCGUGCUCCCCGCUCGCUGCCCCCCCCCCCUUACAUCUACGAUGAAGCGCGGCCCACGGGCGAGGCCUGGCGCACCCAGGGCCACGAUGGCAGGGGCGGCUACGAGUAUCCCUACAACCCCAGCACUGAUGACUACUCGGUACCUGCCUUCCAGGCCAAGGCCAAGGGCCCCAAGCCGGUGCCUGCCCCCAAGCCCCAGGCGGCCUUUAUCCCUAAAGGUGCCGAGAGGAGCGGGGAUCCUGGCAGGCGGCGGGGGAACGCUGCUCCUGAGAAGGCAGUCGUCAAACCCAGCCUCAACAGCAGCAACAACAACAAUGUGGAGGUGCUGUACAGCCAGGUGGUGAAGCCCCAGCACGUGCAGAAGAAGGAGCAGUCUGUGGAUGAGUGCAGCUUGUCGCCUGUCUACGAGGACUUAGGAGAGAUAUAGCGUGGUGCUGCUGCUCUGUACCUGCCCGGGAGGGACUGGGGGGCCCAGGCCUGUUCGUGAGCAGUGCCAGCUGCUGUCCCCCACGGGUCCUGGGGGUGUCUUGGGGCCGGGGCUUGUUCUGGCUCAGGCAGAGCCCCACUUGCUCGCCAGUGCUGAGGGGCUGCGUUUCCCCGGAGGCCCUUUCCACAGCAAGAGCAAGAGACCUGUGGCUGGUGCAGGUGCCAGCAUGCUUUUCUGGCUCUGGAGCUGGCUCUGCUGCCACCUCCUGAUCCGCAGGAGGGCUGGCUGUGUUGCCGUGUGCCCUCUGCUCUGUCUUCCUCUCUGACCAGGCUGCAGGGCUUCGAUGCCCGUUGCAGUGCAUGGAAGACUGCUUGCUAUCAGUCUCCAAAAGUAUUUUUAUACAAAGUUAUUUUAAUAUUAAAAUCUGUAUGUCUCAGAAUGAAA